UAAUUGGACUGCUACUGUCAUUACCCCUGAUUUUAUUUUUCUCCGGUGUCUCGCGGAUUCUUCGAUCAGGACCCCCCACCUCCCCGCGCGCGAGAUAUAUAUGCCACUUAGGCUGAGAGGCAAACACACAAACACCUUGUGUACACGAACAAGCAGCGUGUGCGUGCGUGCUCUGAACUUGUGAUGGCGAUGGCGGGCUCGCCGUCCGCGGCCGGCAGUUGUCACCUGCCGGCCUUGCUCCUGUUCCUUGCCGCCGUGCCGUGGGGCGUGGACUGCGCCGGUGCCGGGGCGGGGACGUACGACGUCGUGUCGGUCACCUCGUCGGGGUCGCAGCUGUCGGCGGGGCUGGAGCUUGCCGCCGCCGGCGGGGUGGACCCGGCGCUCGGGCCCGACGUCCAGAGGCUCCACCUGACUGCCAGCUUGGAGACGAACACACGGCUGCAGGUCAGAAUCACGGACGCCGAUCGUCCUCGAUGGGAGAUCCCCCAGGACAUCCUCCCCCGCCCCACGCCGGAGCACGUCGUCCCCUACAAGCCGCUCGCCUCGCCGGGCAGCCGCGUCCUCUCCGCGCCCGGCUCCGACCUGGUCUUCACCCUCCACUCGUCGCCCUUCCGCUUCACCGUCGCCCGCGUCUCCAAUGGAGACGUGCUGUUCGACAGUUUGCCGCGACUGGUCUUCAAGGACCAGUACCUGGAGCUCACGACGGCGCUGCCAAGCGAGCGGGCCAAUCUCUACGGCCUGGGCGAGCAGACGAAGCAGUCCUUCCGGCUGCGGCACGGCGACACCUUCACGCUGUGGAACGCCGACAUCGCCGCGGCCACCGUCGAUGUCAACUUGUACGGGUCCCAUCCGUUCUACAUGGACCUGCGCGCUGGCGCCGCGCACGGCGUGCUGCUGCUGAACAGCAAUGGCAUGGACGUGGUCUACGGCGGCUCGUCCCUCACCUACAAGGUCAUCGGCGGAAUCCUGGACUUUUACUUCUUCGCCGGCCCGACGCCGCUCGCCGUCGUGGACCAGUAUACCGACCUCGUCGGCCGCCCCGCCCCAAUGCCAUACUGGUCCUUCGGAUUUCACCAAUGCCGCUAUGGCUACGAGAAUGUGAAUGACCUGGAGCGGGUGGUGGCGGGGUACGCCGAGGCCAAGAUCCCGCUCGAGGUCAUGUGGACCGACAUAGACUACAUGGACAGUUUCAAGGAUUUCACGCUCAACCGGGUCAAUUUCUCCGCCGCCGAGCUCCGCCCCUUCGUCGACCGCCUCCACCGGAACGCCCAGAAAUACGUGCUCAUCCUCGACCCGGGGAUCAGCAUCAUUGACCCCAAGUACGGGACAUUCAUCCGGGGUAUGGAGGCGGGCAUCUUCCUCAAGCGGAACGGGACCGAGUUCAGAGGCAACGUGUGGCCCGGGGACGUCUACUUCCCCGAUUUCCUCAACCCGCGGGCGGCGGAGUUCUGGGCGCGGGAGAUCUCGCUGUUCCGGCGGACCAUCCCGGUGGACGGCCUGUGGAUCGACAUGAACGAGAUUUCAAACUUCUUCAACCCGGACCCGCUGACCCCGUUGGACGAGCCGCCGUACAGCAUCAACAACCAAGGCGACCGCCGGACGAUCAACUACAAGACGGCGGCGGCGUCGGCGACGCACUACGGCGGGGUCUCGGAGUUCGACGCCCAUAACCUGUUCGGGCUGCUCGAGUCCCGGGCCACGCACGCGGCGCUCCUCCGGGACACGGGCCGCCGCCCCUUCGUCCUCAGCCGCUCCACCUUCGUCGGGUCCGGCCGCUACACCGCGCACUGGACCGGCGACAACGAUGCCACCUGGGGUGAUCUGAGGUACUCAAUCAACACGAUGUUGAGCUUCGGCUUGUUCGGGAUGCCAAUGGUUGGCGCAGAUAUCUGCGGGUUCGGGAAAAACACGACGGAGGAACUGUGCGGGCGCUGGAUCCAACUCGGGGCAUUCUACCCUUUCUCGAGGGACCAUUCGGCGAUCUUCACCGUCCGCCGGGAGCUGUACCUGUGGGACUCGGUCGCCAGGUCGGCGCGGAAAGCCCUCGGCCUGCGCUACCGGCUGCUGCCGUACCUCUACACGCUGAUGUACCAGGCGCACGUCUCCGGGGCGCCAAUGGCGAGGCCCCUCUUCUUCUCCUUCCCCGACGACGCGGCCACCUACGGCGUCGACGCGCAGUUCAUGCUCGGGCGAGCCGUCCUCGUGUCGCCGGUGCUCCAGCCGGGCGCUACGAGUGUGGAAGCUUAUUUCCCGGCGGGGCGCUGGUUCAGCCUCUUCGACCACUCCUCCGUCGUCGUCUCCAAGGUAGGCAAGCGCGUGACGCUCCCGGCGCCCGCGGACACGGUCAACGUCCACGUGGCCGGCGGGAGCAUCGUGCCGAUGCAGGGGCACGCUCUGACCACGGCGCGCGCGCGCCGGACCGCGUUCCGGCUCCUCGUCGCGCUCGCGGAGGACGGCACGGCGGCCGGGGAGCUGUUCGUGGACGACGGCGAGUCGCCGGAGAUGGGCGGGACGAGGAGCAAGUUCAGCCUCGUGAGGUUCACAUCUUCGACGGGGACCGAUGGCGUGGUCAGAGUGCGCUCGCAAGUCGUGCACGACUCGUACAAGCCCAGCCGCAGAAUGGUCAUCGGGAAGGUGGUCGUCAUGGGGAUCAAGCGGCCGGCGCCGAUGAAGAAGCUCUCCGUGCGUGUCAAUGGCGCGGAGGUGAAGGCGGCGAGCAUGGAAGCCGGCACAGGGCUCGGUGUCGCGCACGUCGGCGGGCUCUCGCUCGUCGUCGGGCAGCCGUUCGAGCUCGCCAUCUCGUAAACUGCUGCGGGAAAUUGAAGCCCAAUAAAAACAGAGUUGCUAAUUCUGCAUCUAGCUGUUUUUCAAUUCAGCAUUCUGUCCGAUCCUUGUGCAAAUCUCAAAAUCGGCAUCGUCUUGCUUGGGUUUGUAAUCGGAUUUUCUUUCUUAUCUGGUGGGGAGCCUCAUUUUGUGUAUGUUUUGGCCUA